CGCGCUGCCGCCCGUCGGUCACCGCAUUUCUUCCGAAUUAUCUUUUUUUUUUAAGAAAAAACUAGCGCCGCAGUUCCAACCGGCGUUCAGCGGCGGGAGUCCGCAUCUCGUUUCUCUUUCAGCUCUCCCCCGGAUGAACUCCGCCGCCGUAUCCGUCUCGGCAACCCCUGGGUUCUGACUCUGAUCACUUGAUCAGAGCUCACAAAACCAAAGCUGGACUCGUGCUCUGUUCCUCAAGCAGCCGGUGGUUGUUCCUCUCGAGCUCCUUCGACGGACAGGCGACGGGAUGCAAGGGGAGGAUCGCCAGGUGCCGGUGUACGCGUCGGGCAUCGAGGUACUCGAAAAGCUUCAGGAGAAAUGGGAAUCCACCCAGCGACGGUACCCGGCAAUGUACUCCAGUGUCGUUGGUGGCAUCGUCCUUGAUCCAUCCAUGAUGGUGAUCCCCAUCGACGACCACAUGGUCCACCGCGGCCAUGGCGUCUUCGACACCGCCACCAUAUCUGAUGGAUGCUUGUACGAACUGGAUUCACACCUGGAUCGGCUGCUAGCAUCUGCAUCCAAAGCAAAGAUCGAUCCACCGUUCUCGCGAGAGACGAUGCGAGAAAUUCUGAUCCAGAUGACCGCUGCCUCCGGAUGCAAGGACGGGUCGAUCAAGUACUGGCUGAGCGCCGGCCCCGGCGACUUCCUGCUGUCCCCGACGGGCUGCACGGGACCCGCGUUCUACGCCGUCGUCAUAGCCGCCGCCUCCGCCUCCGGCGCCGGCCGCCGCUCUCAGCGGAACGAUGGCGUCAAGGCGAUCACGACCGCCGUGCCGAUGAAGCACCCGUUCUUCGCGGGGAUCAAGAGCGUCAACUACCUCCCGAACGCGCUGGCGCUGGCGGAGGCGGAGGCGCGGGGCGCGUACGCGCCGGUGUGGGUCGACGAGGAAGGGUGCGUCGCGGAGGGGCCCACGAUGAACGUCGCGUUCGUCACGGCGGCCGGGGACCUGGUGCUGCCGGCGUUCGACAGGGUGCUCGGCGGGUGCACGGCCAAGCGGAUGCUCGCGCUGGCGCCGAGGCUGGUCGAGGCCGGCCUUCUCAGGGGUGCCGGAGAGGCGAGGAUCUCCGCCGACGAGGCCAGGCGGUGCGCCGAGAUGAUGUUCGUCGGCAGCGGGCUGCCGGUUCUGCCGGUCGUCGAGUGGGACGGCCAGCCAGUUGGGGAUGGGCGAGUUGGGAAGGUCAGUCUUGCCCUGUCUGAAAUGCUCCGGGAUGACAUGAAGUCUGGUCCAGAUAGGAUUCCUGUUCCUUACAGUUAAGGAGGCAUGAUUGCUCUGCAUCAGAGAAGAAUGAACAUCAGGGGUUUCUAUGCUAUGUACAUAUUUUGCUCUAACAAGUGCAAACAAGGCUGUUUUAUUUUUUUCACUUUUGAGGUCCCUGAUUUCUUGAAGGACAAAAGAGGCACUACUUUUUACAUUUUGGAACUGAAUAAGGUUGAUGCUUCUGCAGAAUAGCAGAGCAGUUAGAACAGUUGCUCUUACAGUUACAGUUGUACUAGCUUACAUCUGCACCCGGCAUGAAUAUUCGAUUCCAGUUUCCAGCAGUUCUUUCAGCCCCUGUCAAAA